CGUCUUAAAUCUUAAAUGUCGAAGUAACAACCUUUUCCGAGUAAACAUAAGAUAUCGUGCCGGUGAAGAUGGAUGCCAAAAUGCCCAAAGCCGUGAAACCUAAGCGUCGCAAGAAGAGCCAGUCGAGAACUGAAGUAACAAACAUAUCCGACAGUGAAAGUGACACUGCUCCUAAAUCUCAAUCUCUCAAGCCAAAAGCUCAAUCAGCAGCUGUCAAAUCAAUCUCUCAAACUACGCCAACUGCAUCAGUCAAAGCCCCAUCUAAACCAACGUUAGUGAAAGACUCGGCUCUCGCUGAAAAGUUCACAUCUCAUUAUCUUCAACGUAUCACUACUGAAUUCUCUGAAGAUCUGGAUAAGAUCCGUGAAGCGGAUGAUUUCAACGAGAAUGCGUUGCAAAUAUUGGUACAUGCGUUAAAGCAAGGUACGGAAAUUUGGGGGGAGGAAGAGAUGAGAAGAAUUGUUGGAUAGGUUGCGAGUGGAUAUGGAGAUUGAGGAGAAGUCGAAAUAUGGAAAAUUAUGUGACGAUGACCGAGUUGGUAAAAGACCAGCGUGGAUACGUUGUUGGAAGACGAUACCCAUCCUGAUGAUGAGAGCAACGGAAAUGGGGCAGCAAAGGUCGUGAAAUAUGAAAACAGUGCGCUUCGAAGCGUUUGAAUCGACCGCAAAAAUUGGGAAAUUUGGAUGGUAGUCCCAAGAGAUAUAGACGAGGCGAGUGGAUAUGUACAGACCAUUGAUGGCGUUACGGUUUCAAAAGGAAGUCAAAAGUACCAUAAUCAUAUUUCUUUUCAGACGUCGGAUUUUAUACAUAUACUUUUAGUAGUGAUUAUAACAAAAUUU